CACACAGACCGACCGGUCGUGACUUGAUCAACUUGAAAUGAGCCACCGUUGAUACUGGUUCGAUCUUGUUGCCCGCAUAAGCUUGCGCAGCCUCGAACCUGGCCCAUGGCCCCUGAGUAAGAGCAUUGUACUCUGUUAUUACAUUAACAUUGUGACAAUAACAAUUGUGACCUUUAGAACCUGGUAUUUAGCUUUGAAAUUGGGUCGACUGUGUCGACUUCAAUUUAAUCAUGACCGGCUGGUGGAGCAAUGUUGUUGCUGGAGUGCGAAACGCAAUCAUCUUUACUUAUGAUAUCCUGUUUCAGACAUGGGGCAUGCGGCACCUGCCCCGCCACAUCGACGAUAUUGGGGACUCCGUGGAGGGUUUGACCGCGAUUGUAACCGGGCCUACCAGCGGCAUUGGCGAGGAGACAGCGGCGGCUCUGGUUCGGCGGGGUGCUAAGGUGGUGUUGGCGUGUCGUAGCGCUCAACGCGGUGAGGCUCUACGGCAGUCGCUGCUGGCGGCAGCGGAGGCGGCCGGCAGGAAGAGGCCGGAGGUGGAGGU